AUGGGCGUUCUUGAGAGGUCCCAGCCAACUCUUAGUUUGAUUGAGUGUUUAUGCUGGUGUUUGGUGCUUAUAGGAGGAGCACAUAGCCAACUGACGCAUCCGACUGAAGUGAAUGCAUUGCGAAACAUCAAGGGAAGUUUGACGGACCCAUAUCGGAAUCUACGCAAUUGGAACAGGGGGGAUCCAUGUACUUCAGAAUGGACAGGGGUUUUUUGCUAUUACAUAACACCGAGUGAUGGUUAUCUUCAUCUUAGAGAAUUGUCACUACUAAAUAUGAAUAUAUCAGGAAGCUUAUCUCCACAACUUGGACAGUUAUCUCAUUUAGAGAUAUUGGACUUUAUGUGGAACAACGUUACUGGGAGUAUACCUAAGGAGAUAGGCCGCAUUACAACAUUAAAAUUGUUGCUUCUGAAUGGAAAUCAACUGACAGGUUCCUUGCCCGAUGAGAUUGGUUUUCUUCCUAACUUGGACAGGAUACAAAUUGACCAGAACAAAAUAUCUGGAUCUAUACCUACGUCAUUUGCUAACUUGAGCAACAUAAAGCACUUCCACAUGAAUAAUAAUUCACUUAGUGGGCAAAUACCACCACAGUUGUCCAGACUUCCAAAACUUGUUCACUUGUUACUUCACAAUAACAACUUAUCGGGAUAUCUUCCGCCGGAGCUUUCUGAAAUGCCAAGUUUGCAGAUACUGUAUAUAUUUACUUUGGUUAUUCCAUAA